AUGGAGAGCCCUGAGCAAACUUCAACGUCGGCUGCGCAGACUCGUCUGGCCGAGAAGUAUCAGAUGUCAAAGAUCGCUCUGUUGGCAAUGCUCUGGGAGCAGGUGAGAGAGCCGUCCCACAUAGGAGCAUUGGCAAGCCACUUGGAGCGAAUCUGUCUGGACACAACAUGGCAUCCGGCAGCACGCUUUCCUGGCAUUCACAAGUUCUGUUGUAACAACUACGACCCACGUUUCGGUGUGGACGAUGCACGCAGAGUUUUGAGGGAGAUCGACUCCAAACUCUCGGGAUUUUCCGAGGUAUACAACGCCGCAGACAUGCAUAUCCUUCAUGACAUCCUGACCUUUGCAACGGUUCCAUUUCGGCCGGAACAUGUUCUUGGUCUCGCCAUCUACGGUUGCGCUGAAAUUCGACACAGGGAGCCCUCGCGUGAAUUGGUUGACUUUGGGACUUUGGCCAAUGACCUGGUCGUGACAGUGCGCUCGAUCGUGGAUACCAGAGGGCCGGACGAAUGUCGGUAUAUUGCUGGAAACCAACAUACAAGCCUGCACAUUCUCACGCAAGAAGUGAGCCGCCACAUGCCGUACCAUGCCGAUAUGAGAGAGCUAUGCGGAUUUCUGGAGGAGAUUGAUGACGCAGGCUGCCAGGGAAUGUUUCAGAAGGCGUUCAGCAAAUUUGGACAAGCGGUGUUUGCGGGGGUAGGCUUCAUAGCUCUGGCGGGAAUGAUGGAUCAGCUAUGCCUGGGACCUCAGGUUGAAGGACGUCCCAGACUGGAGAAGAUCUUCAAGGAGGAGCAACGUGCCACCUACGAACGAGACCAGGAAGCGCGUCGGCUGUACCUUCAAGCACACCGUGAUUUUGUGCGCAGGUUCCUCUCGAAGUAG